CUCUGCCUUGGCUCUGUCCCCUGCUGCUCUUUAAAGACAAAGGAGGCCCUCCAUCAGCACUCAGUCUCCCCACGAGUCCAGCACAAGACGCUUCAAGAUGCCGGACACAAUCAUGUCCAAGGAGCCCAGUACCAACCUGGAGAGUGCCAUGCAGAUGCUCAUAAAAACCUUCCACAAAUAUUCGGGGAAGGAGGGCGAUAAGUACACCCUGAGCAGGGGCGAGCUGAAGGAGCUGCUAACAGAGGAACUGGGGAGUUACCUUGGGAACUCAAAAGAUAACGAAGCCGUGGAGAAGGUGAUGAAUGACCUGGACGCCAAUAACGACGGCGAGGUGGACUUCACAGAGUUCAUCAUCCUGAUGGGCGCCCUCACAGUGGCCUGCAAUGACUUCUUCCUGGAUUCAAAACCGGAAGACGGGGCGAAGAAAAAUUGAAACUGUGCAAGAGAGGCCGGAGUAAAAACAGGAGGAGGAGGAGGACAACGACGAAAGAAAGGAGAAGGAGGGGGAAAGGACUGUAAAACUGAUGGCUUUUUUUUUCACUUUUCGUCUUACGCAAUUUCUAAACACUACAAACACAUAUGAGAGGAGAUGUCCGGCGCUCAGUUUAUGGGGUUCACAGAACAUGAGGAAUUCAGUGGGGGUGCUGUUUUCCCCCAUGCAAAUGUUAUUCAUACCACAGCUAAU